AUGUAGGAUAUCUUAGAAUAUUUAGUAACUUGGAGUUGUGAUCAAGGACAAUCUGAGGUCGAGGGCAUUUGCAUAACUUGCUCAUCUAACUGCACGAAUUGUACAUUUCCUUAUUCCUGUGACUCAUGUAUGCCAGGCUUCUAUGUUACUGCCAUCUUCUACUAAUGCGGUGCUUGCCAAAAUGGAUGCGAAGUAUGUACCGUAAAUGCACUUUCAAUAAAAACUUGUUAAACUUGUUUUCCUAAGUUUUAUAAAUCUGGUUCAAAUUGUUUCGCUUGCCCAACCUAUUGUGCUACUUGCACUUCUAGCUCAGUAUGUUAAAGUUGCCUGGAUCACUAUUUUCUUAGUUCAAAUCUGUGCUAUGCUUGUGAUAGUUCUUGUAAGGCAUGUUCAAAUACUUCUAAUAUUUGUACAGAAUGUGACGUUGGCAAAUUCCUUUAGUAUAAUUCAUGUGAAUUUUGUUUAUCCCCAUGUUCUGCUUGCAUCGGAGAUUCACUGAAUUGUACUGCUUGCAUAGACAAUAAAAAAAAAGUAGUCUUGAAUUAAUGUGUUUGCAAAGAUGGAUAUUACGCUGAUUAAUUAGAUUAGUGUGUUCUAUGCACUGCACCCUGUUCAAAGUGUGAAACUGAUGCUAGUACUUGUACUGAAUGUAUCUCUGGGUUUACAUUAAAUUUGAGUACAUAACAAUGUGCAUGUGCCUUUGGUUAUUGUUAAGUAGGUAAUACAUGUCAAGAAAGUGCAUAUCCCUGUGAAACUUGUGUAGAGAGUCCUAAUAAAUGUUUAACUUGUGUUGAUAUUAAUUAAAUAGUAACUGAUUCUAAUGAAUGCAUAUGUUAAACAGGUUGGAUUUUAAAUACUAAUGGAAAUGCAUGCGUCUAAUGCUAAGCACCAUGUGCAGAAUGUAUAACUUAAAUAAGUAAAUGUGUAACCUGUAAAGAUGAAUUACAUUAAUAACUUGAUACUUGUCAGUGUGAUAUUGGAUGGAUGUUUGACAUUAAUUUCUUAUGCAUAGCUUGCUAAUAACCAUGUAAAACUUGUGAAAUUAUUACUACUAACUGUUUGACAUGUUUAGANAAUUUAUAUUAUGAUAUCACUAAAAUUAUUCACUAUUAAUCUAUUUGA